GCUUUGAAGGGGUUACGGACAUGGCCGAGUCUAACCGGGCCGGCCCGGCGGACCCCGACGCCACCGACGGCCAGGCGCUGAGCCCCGCCACCCUGAGGCAGAGGGCGCAGCAAUCCCCGGGGCCGCGGCAGAAGUACCAGAGCCCCGCGCCGGGCCACUGCUUCAAGAAAGUCACCCUGACCAAGCCCACCUUCUGCCACAGCUGCAGCGACUUCGUCUGGGGGCUCAUCGGCUUCUUGUGUGAAGUGUGUAACUUCAUGUGUCAUGAGAGAUGUCUGAAGACACUCCAGGCGGUCUGUACCUGCAUGGCUCCAUCUCAGGUCCAGGUGCCGGUGGCUCACUGCUUCAGUCCUGCUGGCCACAAGAAACGUUUCUGCUGCGUCUGCAGGAAACAGACGGAGGGAAGCACGGCGCUGCGCUGCGAAGUGUGCGAGCUGCACGUCCACGCCGACUGCGCUGCCUUCAGCUGCGCCGACUGCCGCUGCUGCCACCUGGACGGGAAUCUGCAGCAGCUGGACACGUUCCACCACCACUGGAGGGAGGGGAACCUGCCGUCAGCGGCCCGGUGUGAGAUCUGCCGCCGUUCCUGCGGCUCCUCUGAGGUCCUGACGGGGGUGAGGUGCGAGUGGUGCGGCAUCACGAGCCACGCAACGUGUUACCGCCAUGUCCCGCCAGAGUGCACCCUGGGACGCCUGCGCAGCAUGCUGCUGCAUCCAGCCUGCGUCCGCCUCGCCUCCAGGAACUUCAGCAAGAUGCACUGUUACCGGAUCACCGAGAGCUGCAGCCAGGACCUCGAUAACCCAGAGGAAGCUGAACCGCCGGCUGCCGCGGCCAAAGACGCAGCUGCAGCUCCUGAGUCAGGUAAGCAGCUCAUCAAGGUGUUUGAUGGCGAUGAUGCAGUCAAGCGCGGCUUCUUCCGGUUGGUCCCCACCUGUCGAGGCACAAAGAACGAGGAAGUGGAGGCGGCGCUGAGGGCCUUCUACCUGCCUGAUGAGCCUCACCUGUUUGAGCUGGAGGACAGCAACGACCUCCUGAACCGGAACGCCCCGAAGGACGGAGGCGACGCCAGGCUGCUGAGGGCCAAACCGUGGCCUGAUGAUGUCAUCAAGGUGUAUGCUGCAUGGGCCAGGUCGAGGUCAGCUUCUGUUAGCGUGUCGAAGACGAGCACCGCAGCCUCCGUCCUCAGCGAGGUCCUCCUUCACCUGGGCAGACAGGGUGACGACGCGUCCAGCCUCCGCCUGCAGGAGGUCUACAUGAGCAGCAAGCAAGUGCAGAGGCAGCUGCUGGAGCCUGAGGAGAAGAUGGCCGACAAGCUGCAGGAGAUCAGGAAGCUGUCCCUGCGGCAGAUGAACCAGACUCGGUUCUACGUGGUGGAGAACAGGAACCCGGCCGUGGAGGUGAGCCUGCUCAUCGUGGGACUGCCCCCCCUGCUGACCAAAGAGGAGACACGCGGCCUGGUGGAGGAACACCUGAAGAUCAAGAGUCACCUGGUCACGUUCACCCACUUCUAUGAGACUCAAGGUGCCGUGGCGCUGCAGGUGUCCUGCUUCUCUGAAGCCGAGAGGAUCUACAUGUUGGCUAAAGACGCCUCCAUCUACAGCAGGACGCUGACGUCGCUGGUCAUCCCGGAGAUCGAGCACAAGAAGCUGGGAGGCGAUGUCGUCCCCCUGCUGGUGUUCGUCAACCCGAAGAGCGGCGGUCUGAAGGGCAGAGAGCUGCUCUACGGCUUCAGGAAGCUGCUGAACCCCCACCAGGUGUUCGACCUCAGCAACGGAGGCCCGCUGGCAGGCCUGCACACGUUCAGGGAGGUCCCCCGGUUCCGGGUUCUGGUCUGCGGAGGCGACGGCACGGUCGGCUGGGUCCUGGGAGUCCUGGAGGCCGUGAGGCACAAACUGGCGUGCCGGGAGCCGCCCAUCGGCAUCCUCCCGCUGGGGACAGGGAACGACUUGGCCCGGAUCCUCCGCUGGGGGGCCGGUUACAGCGGCGAGGACCCCCACCACAUCCUGGUGUCUGUGGACGAGGCCGACGAAGUCCAGAUGGACCGCUGGACCAUCCUGCUGGACGCUCAGGACAUCUCUGAGGACGGGAGGGAGAACGGCUUCCUGGAGCCGCCCAAGAUCGUCCAGAUGAACAACUACUUUGGUCUCGGCAUCGACGCGGAGCUCAGCCUGGACUUCCACCUGGCCCGGGAGGACGAGCCGGAUAAAUUCACCAGCAGGUUCCACAACAAAGGUGUUUAUGUGAGGGUGGGUCUGCAGAAGAUCAGCCACAGCAGAAGCCUCCAUAAAGAGCUGCAGCUGCAGGUGGACAACGUAGAGGUCCAGCUACCCAACAUCGAGGGGCUGAUCUUCCUCAACAUUUCCAGCUGGGGUUCUGGUGCCGAUCUGUGGGGGUCCGAGUCCGACUCGCGGUUCGUGAGGCCGAGGAUCGAUGACGGCUUGCUGGAGGUGGUCGGCGUCACCGGCGUCGUUCACAUGGGUCAGGUCCAGAGCGGCUUCCGCUGCGGCAUCCGCAUCGCUCAGGGGAGCUACAUCAGGCUCACCGUCAGCAGACCCAUCGCGGUGCAGGUGGACGGAGAGCCGUGGACCCAGGCGCCAGGACACAUCAUCAUCUCUGCGGCGGGACCAAAGGUUCGGAUGUUGAGGAAGACCAAGCUGAAGCAGAAGAAGUCUUCAGCCAGCAGAGACGGACGCUUGGAGAGUCCGUCCUCCAGAGACGGGGGACACUGACCGGCUCACCUGGAGGACGCAGUCCUGCCGUUUUUUUGCUGCUUCCUGUGGCGCGCGGGAAGCCGCUGCAGCUCCAGUGGCUGUGAUUCCUCUCAUGUAGCGUAGUAGCGAUGCUAACAGGCCACAGGUCCACAUGAAGACAGACGCAGGGUAAAGUUUCCAUGUCCUGCUGAGGAGGAAGAGGAGGAGGAGGAGGAGGAAGAGGAGGA